AAACGUUCAGUGCAGAUGGAACACACCCUUUUUUGACAAGACCAUUCAUUGUUGUCGUACAAUCAUCUUCUUUAUAUCUAAUUUGAUAAGUCGCUUUUAGGAGACAAUGUAUCCGUUAAUGUUUACACUUACAGCCUAUUUACUAUGCAUUCCAGCUACAUUUGGAAAAACUGUGUCGGGAGUUUUCAAGAGCGAUGCAGCCAGAGAGCAGAAUGGACAGUACAUCACAAAAUUCAUGUACAACGUGGGUAGGGGUCUGGUGGUGUGCAGGCUGGCGAAUGCUCCCCUGGCCACGGAGAAGGAGUCCAGACUGCUAUUCUUCCCGGAGAUGGAGGACGGCUUCGACAUCGACAACCUCAGCUGCCACGAGCGCCUCUCCAAGGCACAGCUCUCCAUCCGUCUGAGUGAGGAGGAGCACAACCAGAGCAUCCCCCACCUUCACUCCCCCACGGCCUGGAUGGCGCUGUAUGCAGACCGCUACACCUGUGGGGAGGGGGGCAUCAUCCCUGCCCACGGGGACCUGACCUUCACCAUCCUGCUGUUCAACCCUGACUCGGCAGGCAACCCCCUCGAACACUUCAGUACUGAGGAGGCAGGCCUGCAUAGUUUCUACUGUCUGCUGAUCCUGGCCUACUUUGUGGCAUCCUGUAUCUACAUUCAGCCUCUGUGGAUGGCCCUGAGAAAGGGUGGGCCCAUGCAAACGGUGCUGAAGGUGCUCUCCACAGCCUUGGCCCUACAGGGGAUCUCUGCCCUCUUCAACUACAUCCACCUGGCCAGGUAUGCCAGGGAUGGAGUGGGCAUUCCUAUCAUGGGCAGCUUGGCAGAGUUCUGUGACAUGGUAUCCCAGGUGUCCAUGCUGUACAUGCUGCUGAGUCUGUGUGUGGGCUGGACCCUGAGCAAGAACAGGAAGCCCCAGAGCAGACCUCUCCAGUGGGACUCCUCUCCCGCCUCCAAAGCCCUCGCUAUGGGAGGGGUCGCCACACAGGGGGCGCUACUGCUGUGGGAGCAGUAUGAGGAGACGGAGCACCACAGCUACCAUGCCCAGCGCAGCAUAGCGGGUCUGUUACUCAUAUCUCUACGUAUCAUCCUGGCCUUGUUGCUAGCCUCUGUGCUCUACACCAUCAUCAGCACAGAGAGGAGCGCCCUCAAGAGAGACUUCUAUCUCAGCUUCGCCAAGGGUUGUUUUAUCUGGUUCCUAUGCCACCCUGUGCUGGUCCUACUCUCUGUGGUCUUCAACGAGCAUCAGAGAGAAAAGGUUGUGACAAUCGGUGUGAUUCUAUGCCAGGCUAUCUCGGUGGUGAUCCUCUACCAGCUUUUCCUGUCCCGUAGCUUAUACUGGGAAGUAUCUUCUCUCUCCUCUGUCUCACUACCCCUCACCAUGUCCAGAGGGGGCCGGGGACGCUACUGACCCCGCGUGCAGGGGGAACACUUUCACUGUGACACAUGCCGAGGGCGAAGGGAUACACUGUGACACCUGCAGUUUAAAGGGACAAUACUUCCACUCCUCUCCACCCACUCACGGCGAAGGUGCCCCCACAGAUGGGUGAGGAAAGAGAGGUGGGUGGGAUGAAGAGUAGGAGUUCACACACAAACAUAGAAGAGAAGAGGAAUGAUGGCCUGCUCAUGUAGCUGGAUAGCACAACUAUUUAAUAGCCUCCCAAACAGGAUGAGAGUGAGACCUGGGUUUAAGCGCACAUAAAGUAUGUAUGUAAAUGAGACUCAUUUGUUAGUAUACAACAGAUGUGGACACAGGUAACUGCCAAAAUAAUGGAAACGCGAGUAAAAGAGGGAUCCAAAGUAUAUUAAAAGCAGAUGCUUCCACACAGGUGUGGUUCCUGGGUUAAGCAAUUCACAUCCCAUCAUGCUUUGCUUAGGGUCACGUAUAAAAAUACUGUCUGCCAUGGCUGUGGCCCUACAGGAUUACAAUGCCCCCAUUCACAGGGCACGGGUGGUCACUGAAUGGUUUGAUGAGCAUGAAAAUUAUGUAAACCAUAUGGCCGUCUCAGUCACCAGAUCUCAACCGGGGACGGUGUUUUCCACCACCAUCAACAAAACAUCAAAUUAUGGAAUUUCUCGUGGAAGAAUGAUGUCGCAUCCCUCCAAUAGAGUUCCAGAAUCUAUGCCAAGGUGCAUUGAAGCUGUUCUGGCUCGUGGCACAACUCCCUAUUAAGACUCUUUAUGUUGGUGUUUUCUUUAUUUUGGCAGUUACCUGUAUGUUAGUCUUAUUUACAAUUGUAGUAUGUAUGUGUGAAGUUGUGGUUCACUGUUUUAUUUUGAAUGUCAAACUUGGGCUGGAUUUGAUGUCUCUUUUUCAUUUUCUGACGGAGUAUAAAACUCCCAAAAUAGGUUUAUAAUAGAUUACAACGAAAGGUUACUGAUUGUCAAAUUCCCUGUUAAGUCUUAUUUAUUGCCGAUAAAGAUAUCCAGGCACGGACUGAAAUACAUUUGUUUACCGUUGAUCCAUAGAGAUAUGGAUCCAUGUUCAGUGUGGUAAAUCUCAAACCAAAAAUAUAGUCUGAUCUUAACUCUGUCAGAAAUAGAAAGUUGGGUCUUUUUUUUUUUUUUACAGAGUUGCUUCACACUGUUUUACUGCCGUUUCAUUCUAUUGUGGUCAAUUGAUGGUUCUUUCUGCGAGGUUCAGGUUUAGGUUGUGCUGAAGCUAUUACAGAAAUCACAUGGAACUCAUGGAAUCUGUGUGUCAUCCCCAGCACUCCAACACUGCAGCUAGUUGCAUGUGUGAGAAUCAUAUUACUAUUUUUAGUUGUGCAAUUAUUGAAUUAUACUUGAAUAUGAACGCUUGGUAUUGUUUUGUCUGACAUUGGAGCUAGACAUGUGCAAUGUUUAAAUGCAGCUUUAUUUUCUUUCUCAAUCAUCGCAAGUGCCUGAGAAGACAAUCACUUUGCUAGUAGAGAAGGUACCUGUGUUUGUCUAUGAAAAGAUGGGUUUCACAUUGACAUACAUGACCAGUCUGAUAGUUAAGUUAUGCAGAGAUAUUGGGGGGGGGGGAAAUGGUCAACAGAGCAGUGACUGUGUAAUGUUUAUAAGGCUGUUUUAAAUUCAUUACUGUAUACUUUUGUAAAAUAAGUCUUUAUUAGAUGCUGAUGCAAAUACAAGAAAAUGUCUGCAGGGGG